AUGGCUGAAGCGCUGGGCUUGCAUGAUAUGGCACCAUUACGCGCAUCUAAUAUUCUUAGCGCUAAGACUGAGUAUGAUCUCACGUUGUCGGAGAACAAAGCUUUUGGGCUGCCCCUCCUGAUCGUUUCCGACAAUUUUGCGCAAAUGUCCAAGUUAACUCUCGGCGGAGCCGCGUCUGAAAAGGGUUCCAACAACACAAACGCGGCUCUUGGAGAUGAUGUCCCGGGGCUUUCCGAAACAUUACAGGGACAUGUCGAUGAUAUCCGCUCACUCUUACAAUGUGGCAUUUGCAUAAGGCCACUGUACGAACCCUUCACCCUUGCCUGUGGACACACAUUCUGCUAUAGUUGUUUAACGUCAUGGUUUGCUGGCGGGAGGAAGAAUAAAACAUGCCCCGAUUGCCGAGCUCCGGUCAAAACACCACCUGCCCCUGCAUACCUGGUCCGUGCGGUCGUCCAACUAUUUACGAGUCGUGCAGAGCUCUUAGAAAAAGGGGAGACGACGGCCGAGCACACGCGCCAUCAGCGCGAGGAAGCUGAAAAGUUAGAGAACGAUAAGAAGAACACACAUCCCAAAGAAGGCGGAUUAUUCCGGGGUACAUUUAACAAAAAAACACCAACUGCGCAGCCCAUCGUUGACCUGGAGGACAAUGUCGUUCGCUGCCCGCGCUGUUCAUGGGAGCUGGAAGAAGACUCGAAUUGCGCACAAUGUGGAUAUCGACAAGAUGAAGAGUCGGUGACAGAUACAUCAGAUUUAACCGAUUCAACCGGUUCACUUUCAACCGAUUCGGAGGAGAAUUCUGAGAUGACAGAUUACAUGGAUGACGAACUCGAAGAUGGAUUCGGCGAAUUAGAUGAUGUCGAUUGGAACGGUUUCUAUGAUGGGGUUCCUAUUGAGGGGAGAGCUGAAGAUCUUCCCCAUCAUCUAUACAGCAUCAUUCGCCAUUAUCAUCACCACUCUCCCCCGCCUCACUCACACCGCCCUGUCUUUGCGCGUAAUAGCCGCUACGAUGAAGCGUCUUCAACUGCUCAUCAAACCGAAGAAUCGACUGACGACUACUCGGACGACACAGACAUGGACUCGUUUAUUGACGACGAUGAACAUAACGAGCAGGAUCAUGACUCAGACUCGGACAGAUCUACGGUAGUCGGGGGUCCUGAAAUCCGAUACUCGCCUGAUCGAUAUAAUGUCCGGUUGAGCUCAGAGGUAACAAUGUCUCAAGCCGACGACCGUACCGAUGAUUCUUUGAGUGGCUUCGAGAUCCCAGAUAGUGAAGAGGAUGAAGAUGAUGAAGAUGAUGAAGAUGAUGAAGAUGAUGAAGAUGAUGAAGAUGAUGAAGAUGAUGAGCCUAUCCGGCCCCCUGUAACGGGGAAUCGGCGCCGUCAGUUUCCAGCUCCUAGUGGGGCUUCAGGCUUCUCUGUUUUCGCGAGUCGAAUUCGGCAAGCUCCGAACGUGAACCCCUACGCGAUGCGCCGGCAGGCAUCGCGUAGUCAAAGUACAAACACAGCAGGAACUUCCGUUUCGAAUGCAAUCACACUGGACGAUGAUUCUGAUGAGGGCCCAGUUCGACCAUUCCGAAGGAAUUGUCGGCGUGUCGCUCGUUGA